AUGUCCAACCUCCACUUCUAUCAGUCACAAUACGAUACAUCAACUGGCUACAGCAGGGGUAUGCCAGGCGUGAGUGGCACCACAACACCGCGAGGAGGAUAUGGCAACGGCAGCGGCAACACAGGGCAGCAGUUGGAGAGUACGGGUUUGCUGGCGGCGCUUGGGACGGGGGGGUAUCCUGAUGAGGCGCCGUUAUUGGAAGAACUUGGUGUUAAUUUUGGGCAUGUGAAGAUGAAGACGCUCAUUGUCCUGAAUCCGUUUGGGUUUAUUGAGCAGGGUAUCAUGGAUGACAGUGAUUUGGCUGGGCCCAUUCUGUUUUGUCUUCUGUUUGGCACGUUUCUCUUAUUGAGUGGUAAGAUUCAGUUUGGGUAUAUUUACGGGUUGGCUUUGUUGGGUUGUGUAUCGCUUCACACGAUCUUCAGUCUCAUGGCGACAAACAGCGUGCCGAUAUCGAGAACAGCGAGUGUUUUGGGGUAUUGUCUGCUACCACUGGUAUUUAUGGCAGGGGUUGGGGUGAUUGUGUCGAUGGAUGGGUAUCUUGGGUACGCACUUUCGUCUCUGGCGAUUGCUUGGUGCACGUAUAGUGCAAGUGCGAUGUUUGUUACUGUGCUACAGCUGAGCGAGAUGCGGUUGUUGGUUGCGUAUCCUUGUUUUCUGUUUUAUGCGACGUUUGCGGUCAUGACCAUCUUUAAGGCUUGAGGAGUGAAGUUGCUCGUUGACUGAGGACGAUUGCUUCGGUGCAGGAUGGUAUCGAGGGUCGUACGGGGGCGCAAAGUGAUGUUGAGCACAGCAACUGGUUCAAUUGAGCAUAC